AUGCCCCUCCGCGCUCUUCCCCCUCGCUCCCACAACAUCAACACACCAUUCGAGGAAGUUAUCGAAUCCUUGCUCUGGAUUUUCUUCGUAGGAAGGCCAAUUACGCCGGAUAAAGUGCAAGAGCUCCGCCGGGAGUUUUCACUUUGGUCCAUUGUAUGCUUACAGAUAUCAUUGAUGGCCACCUGGGAGGCUCUUUCAUCCGUCGUUGCGACGGCCUUGACUAACGGUGGCGCCCCCUGUCUCCUGAUUGCCCUGAUCGGAACGGUUUUUAUUGUGCUUUCUCUCGGAGAAAUUGCCUCAAUCUUUCCCACUGCGGGAGGACAAUAUCAUUGGGUACAUUGUCUCAGUCCACCGUCCUAUCGAUCCACUGCGUCCUGGUUCACUGGUUGGAUCUCCAUCAGUGGACAGCUCGUCCUUUCAGCUUCCGCUGCUUUCGCGGCUGGGCUCCAGCUGCAGGCACUCAUUACCCUCAACCAUCUCGAUACAUAUGUGCCACUGCGAUGGCAGGGCAUGCUGUUCUACUGGGCGAUCCUGGCGUAUUCUACUGCGGUGAAUGUGUGGGGAUUUAAGAUUCUACCACAUACCAAUCCCAUCGCAGGAGUCCUGCAUGUGGUAGGUUUUAUCGUCAUUGUUGCAGUCCUUGGCUCGAUGUCAUCGAAGCAUACUGCAACAUAUGUCUUCACUGAAUUUUCCAAUAGCAGCGGAUGGUCCAAUGACGGGGUCUCCUGGCUCGUUGGUUUGUUGAGCACCGUAUAUCCCUUUCUCGGGUAUGAUGCAGCUUGUCACCUGAGCGAAGAACUUCCUAAGCCAUCUCGAAAUGUCCCCUUGGCUAUGAUCGGAAGCGUUGCGAUCAACGGACUCAUCGGUCUAGUAUACACCAUCGUCCUACUGUUCGCGCUGGGAGAUCUCAACGGUCUUCUGCAGUCAAAGGUCGGCUUCCCGUUCAUGCAGCUCUUCCUCAACGUCACUGGAUCACCAGCCGGGGCAUCGAUUCUUGCUCUGUGCAUUAGCCUGGUCGCGCUAGCCGCAAACGCAGCCGGCGUGACCUCCACAAGCCGCACGGCGUGGGCCUUCGCUCGGGACAACGGUUUGCCAGCAUCGGAAUUCCGUCAGCAGUCAACCCAACUUUGA